AUGGCGGAACUUAAAGCGAAGGGUGGAUUCAUUAAAUCCAAAUUGACGCGAGUGCAAAAUUUUGUAAAUUCAUUAGAUUCCACAAUACUAGAUGAAAAUAUAAUUAUUGAAUUAAAUACCAGACUCGAAAAGAUAUUACCAAUUAUUGAUGAAUUUGAAACGAUACAAUAUGAAAUUGAAUUAAUUGAGGGUGUAUCAGAAAGCGAUAAGGAAUCUUUCGAAAGUGAUUAUUAUAGAACAAUAGCUAAAUUAAAAUUUAUAAUUCAAAAUUUCAAUGACACGAAAAAAUGCAAAGACGAUCAGCAAACAAUAGGGCCGUCUAGCAUUGAUUCGUAUACGAAUAUCAAAAAUAUUAAAUUACCAACAAUUAAACUUCCCACGUUUGAUGGAAGUUACGAUAAAUGGUUAGAAUUUCAUGAUUCAUUUAACGCUUUGGUGCAUAGCGACAAUACUUUAAGCAAAAUUCAAAAAUUUUAUUAUUUAAAAUCAUCAUUAGAAAAAGAUGCCAAAAAUAGCAUUGCAGCUAUAGAUGCAUCCGAUUCUAAUUAUGAUAUAGCAUGGAAAAUUUUAAAAGACAGGUUUGAAAAUAAACGGUUAAUCAUACAUAAUCAUAUAAAGGCAAUUUUUGAUAGUCCGAAAUGUAGUCGCGAAUCUCAUACAGAAUUAAGAACGUUAUUAGAAACGACUUCUAGGCAUCUACGCUCAUUAGAGUCAUUAGGCGAACCCACAGAUAAAUGGGACACAAUUAUUAUAUUUAUAUUCACAAAUAAAUUCGAUACGCGUACGUUACGGGAUUGGGAAUCCUUUACCUGUAGCAAAGAAAAGCCGACGUUGACAGAUAUUAAUAAUUUUAUUAAACAAAAAUGUGAUAUGUUAGAAAAGUUAUCCACAAAUAUUAGUAGUAAACCUUUUCCUAAUAAUAUUAAUAAAUCUUUGGCUCAACACAUAAAAUACAAGAGCACAAAUAAUAAUCAUAAUUCAUCAAUUAAUUAUCUGUCAACAGGGCGGCAAACUUCCUAUUUAUGUGAAGAAAAUCACUCUUUAUAUUACUGCAAGCAAUUUAAAGCGCUAUCUAUUAAAGAUAGGAUAAGUAGAAUCAAAGAAUUGAAUUUAUGUAUAAAUUGUUUCAAGCGAGGGCAUAAGGUAGACGUUUGUUUGGCAUUUCCGUGUAAAAUAUGCAAAAUGAAACAUAAUACAUUGGUUCAUUUUGAAGAGACUAAUACAAUUCCUAGCACAUCGGGUUCAAAUAUGACGGUUGCUAAUUAUUCGACAAAAAAUAUUAAUACAAAAUUACAGCCACAAGUAAUUUUAGCAACAGCUGUUAUAAAAGUAGAAAGCUCGAGCGGGGAGUUCAUAGAAUGUCGGUGUCUUUUAGAUUGCGGGGCACAAAGUAAUUUUAUUACGGCAGAUACCUGCAAAAGGCAGGAGGCAUUAAAUCAAGCUAAGACUUUGCAUAAUUCAGCCAGCAUGAAGUUGCCGGCGAAGACUGAUAUCAAGCUGUCAAGCAUUUCAGAUGUCAAGAGCGCGUCGGCCAUUUUGUUCAUUUUUAUAUCAGCGUUGUGUCGGCGUAUGGUUUUUUAUUAA